AUGUCGAACUAUUACUCAUCGCAGCUCCAGGUGCACAACUGGAUGCUCGCGCAGAUGUCCAACUACCCGCCGCCGCCCCAAUCCGACCAGCAGCAGCACUACAACGCCCUCUACCCGACCUCCGCCGGCGCCCAGCAGCUGCUGGACCCCGUGCAGAGCGAGCAGCUCCAGUUCAGCAGCCUGAACCAGCCAAUCUACCCCAAGGUCGAGGGGGCCGCCCAAGGCCAUCAGAGUCCCGGCAGCCAGCACAUCCAGUCCCUCGCCCAGGAGCUCCAGCACCAUGCCGCACUCGAGGAGCAGCAGCGCCAUCACAUUCACCAUGCCGCAGCGCAGCUCCAGCAACCGACGCCCGUGACGAGCCACCCAACGAGCGCGGGAGGCCAUUCGAAUGCGCCCACGCAGACCUCUACUCCGGAACAGCAACCACAGAAGACGAACCGUCUGCGAAAAGCAUGCGACUCGUGCAGCAUCCGCAAAGUGAAGUGCGACGAAACUGGCCCGCCAUGUAGAGCUUGCGCGGCACUCGACAUUCCAUGCACGUUUGAUCGACCUAGCAGACGACGAGGGCCACCGAACCGACAUGCCGAAGCCAUCAAGCGAAGACGCCUCGAGGAAGCCCAAAGCGCGGCAUCACCCGGCAUGUCAGGCACCUCAUCUCCGACCUCACCAACACACGCAGCGCAGGCACUUGCAGCUCUUUCCGGUCAUUCCUCCACACCGCUUUCCGCAGAAUCGAUUUGCCCGAUUGAGACACUGGAUCUCUUGAUAGACGACUUCUUCACAUACAUCCACCCGCUAUGCCCAUUCCCGCACGAGCCCAGUUUCCGCGAGGCAUGGAAGCACCGAGAGGAUCUGUCCAACAAGUCGUUCCUGGCUUUGUUGGCGUCGAUGAUUGGAGCACUGGUUGCAUCUUUCCCAAGAAAACCACGCUUGCAUCUAAAGGCACAGAAGCGCGAGAACCUCUUCCCCAAUCACAUGAGUCUUGUGCAUAGAUGCCAAAAAGUCUGCGCAGCAGCGCGUGGCCCAGGAUACCUCGAGCAAGAAACUUUGAACGUGUAUGAUGCGGCCACCAGCUACUUCCUCGCACUCACGGGCAUCUACACCUUCAGAUGGCGUCUGGGUCGGCUAUACUUCGGCGAAUGCUUGACAAUCCUUCGGACGCUUGGCCUGCAUAAGGCGAAAGGCCAAAGCUACCCGCAGUUGGGCACACUUCCCACUGCAAUGGGAUCCCAUCAGCAGCCAGGCGAGAAUGGAGCUGAGCACAAUGUCGACAACAUCACCCUCGAGAUUGGACGUCGCAUCUUCUGGACCAUGUUCGUCAGCGUCAAGUCGAUGGAGCAGUUGGGCGCCAACUUUGGCGAGCUGGUGAUCCCGCCUCCUACCCACACUGAACCUUAUCCUCCACUGCCGGCUGAAGUGGACGACUUUUGCAUUUAUCCGACGCACACGGAACAGCAACCGCAGGGGCUCGUACCGAUGAUUGCCGGGUUCAAUGCGAACGUCCGCGUAUACAGCUCGUACAAUGCGCUCGCUACGAUGGAAAUGGCGUGGGGUAUCGACGCUAUCGUCGACUGGGAUCGCCAAAAACGAGUCCUCCAUGAAUCGCUUCGACGAUGCAAGAGUGCCAUGACAGAUCUGCCAGCAGACUUGACUGUGCAGACGAACGCACCUACACCCAACCAGCAGAAUGGUGGAUUCUACCCAGCCUUUGCGCAACCCCAUCUUGGAAGAGAUCCCGCAGCCUCUCUCAUGAGCCCUUCGUCUCGCGUUGCCGCAGAGCAGAGCGCAGAGGAUCGUCGUCGCUCUCAGUAUGAGAUCCAAAAGGCAAACAUCUACGCUUCCAGCUUGGCGACUCGAUCGUACAUUGUCGAGAAGUACUGGAACCUGUGCGAAGCUCAUCAACGAUCUCGCACACAGAACCCAAGCUCCUUGCCAAGCUCACCUGGUGCUGGCAUCACUGCUGCCGGUAUUGACGGCAUGGUUCCUCAAGUGCCCACGAGCCACUACGACAUGGUCGAGAAUGAGAUGAAGGAAGAGAGGGAGAGCAUCGUGAAGGACCUCCUCGUCGUCCUGGGCAGCAUCGAUCAAGUGAACAUGGAGCCCAACGCCGACUCAUUCACUAUGAAGAUCCGAUCUAUUGCCAGCACCCUCCUCGAGGUGCCCGAUCAACGCAAGGGUCCCCUCGCCAUUCAAGCUCAAGAAUACCUGAGCGCAUUCCUCAAGAUCCUGAUGAAGCUGGAGCGCGUCAGCCCAGCCAACAGCGACGCCGACCAACCUGAAGACGAAGACUCGGAGCUCCGCACGUGGGCCGACCUCCGCGAGUAUCAGAUGAAGUUUGCACAGCAGGGUGGCCUGCUUUGUUUGUCUUGA